ACCACUUUUUGGGACCCCGCAACAACUUCGUAUAUAAAGAAGCGGACACCUGUACUUAUAUACUGCCCGUAGACCUCGGAUUCAACGACCAAUUCGAGUUACAACAUCCCUUGCAUCACAACUCCGCCAAUAUCCGCAUACACCAUGUCUCCCCCACAAGAUAUCGCAGGCGGCAUCAGCAACCUGGCGCGCCAAGUCUCGAACAGCCUCUCCACGAGCCCAAGUCUCGCAUUCCACAGCCCGCCCAACAGCUUCCGCCAACCCCCGCGCGGUAGCUUCAGCCAGGGCCACUCUGGCAGCUUCAGCGAUGUGCUCUCUGCCAACCAGAUGGCCCAGCGCCUUAAGCCCUUCAACACAAAGGAGAUCAAGGUGCUGCUGCUAGAGAAUGUCAAUGUCGCCGGUAUCGAGAUCCUUAAGAAGCAGGGCUACCAGGUCGAGGCACUGAAGGCCAGUCUGCCCGAGGACCAGCUGAUUGAGAAGAUCCGCAAUGUUCAGGUCGUUGGUAUCCGCUCUAAGACAAAGCUCACUAAGAAGGUGCUGGACGAGGCAAAGGAGCUGAUCGUCAUCGGUUGUUUCUGCAUUGGCACAAACCAGGUCGACCUCCAGACUGCUGCCGAGAAGGGUAUUGCCGUCUUCAACUCGCCCUUCAGCAACUCGCGCUCGGUCGCCGAACUCGUCAUCUCGGAAAUUGUUGCGCUCGCUCGUGAGCUUGCCGACCGUUCUAUGGAACUGCACAAUGGCGUGUGGAACAAGGUUAGCAAGGGCUGCUGGGAGGUGCGCGGCAAGACACUGGGCAUAGUCGGUUACGGACACAUCGGUAGCCAGUUGAGUGUGUUGGCCGAGUCCAUGGGCAUGCAGGUCAUCUACUACGAUGUCGUGACUAUGAUGGGUCUUGGUACUGCGCAUCAAGUCGAGACCCUUGAUGAGCUGCUCGAGCAGGCCGACUUCGUUUCGCUUCACGUACCAGCAACAGCGGACACGAAGAACCUCAUCGGUGCAGCGCAAUUCGAGAAGAUGAAGAAGGGCAGCUAUCUUAUCAACAACGCACGCGGUACUGUUGUCGACAUCCCCGCCCUCAUCGACGCUUCGCGCUCUGGCAAGCUUGCCGGUGCUGCCAUCGACGUCUUCCCUCACGAGCCCGCCGGCAACGGCGACUACUUCACCAACGAGCUGAACACAUGGACCAAGGACCUUGUCGGUCUCAGGAACAUCAUCCUGACUCCCCACAUUGGUGGAUCCACAGAGGAGGCACAGAGCGCGAUUGGUGUCGAGGUUUCGACUGCUCUCGUGCGCUACGUCAACGAGGGCGCCACAUUGGGUGCGGUCAACAUGCCCGAGGUCAACCUGCGAGGCCUGUCCCUUGAGGAGGCGAACUGCAUGCGCGUCAUUUACAUCCACAAGAACGUACCGGGUGUGCUGCGACAAGUCAACGGCAUCUUGCUCAACCACAACAUUGACAAGCAGAUGUCCGAUUCAAGAGGCGAGGUCGCGUACCUCAUGGCUGACCUCAGCUCUGUCAAGGAGGACGAGAUUAGGGAUCUGUUCCAGAGUCUGCAGGAGCUCUCUUCAUGCAUUCGCACACGGGUUCUGUACGGCUAAACCGCAUGUUUUCUUUUUCAGAAUUUCCUAGAGUUUGUGUAUCCCAGGCCUCUUCGUACAGAGACCACAGUGCGCCUAGAACACCAAAAGCAUUCAACAUGGCGUUCGAGAAAACAGUCCUAUUCACGCAAAGGAGUAGACAGGGGCGCAUGGAAUCAAUUUCGUAGCGAUAUGCCAUGCUUGUCACGUGACGCUGUUAGUUGUUUCAGAAUGGUCGGCCCGCCAUCGCGCGUCACCGACCACCAACAGUGUGUGGAGCGGGGAUGCCUGUGAGAUUGAGGUGUGGAGGCUUCAAUGCGGCGCAAAUGACAACGGGUUGGCGAGUGAGCACGCCCA